AUGAAUUCAACAACAACAACAAAAACAAUCUUUGGAGUACUAUUAUUGGCUAUUACUAUUGGUUAUCUUGAAUCAUCAGUUGUACUUAGUACAAGAACAAUUACGGAAAAACAAGGUCGUGAUGUUGUAUUAUCAUGUCGAUUCGAAGGUCUUACCGAUCGCGAUCGAGUCAUGUGGUCAAAAGAUGGUGUUGUACUCUCUGUUAAUCAAGAAAUCUCAGGUGAUAAACAAAAAUAUGAAAUUAUAGGAAAAUAUGAUUUAAUUAUAAAAAUAAUUGCUGGAAAUGAUAGUGGACGAUAUCUAUGUCAAAACUUUGAUCAAGCUUUAUCAAUGACUAUUGUAUUAACGGUUUUAACACGUCCAACAAAACCGGAAUUAUAUCAGUCAAAUGAGACUUUAGUUGAAGAUAGUUUGGCAUUAUUUAUUUGUUCAACAGAAGGAGGUAAUCCAUUACCAACAUUUACUUGGUUAAUUAAUCAAAUGCCAAUAAAUGGAUCAUUAUAUACGGUUUCACCUAAUACAAGUGAAUUGCGUUUACCAUUAGAGAAACGUUUUCAUAAUCAACAAUUAAUAUGUCAAGUAAAUAAUCAAGCAUUAGAUAAUCCAUUAACUACUUCACGUAAAUUAAAUAUUCAAUAUAAACCUGAAAUAAAUAUUCGUCAUGGUCAAACAAUUGUCACAAAUCUUAAUUUACUUGUGAUUGAAAAUGAUCGAUUAACACUUGAUUGUCAAAUUCAAUCAAAUCCAUCAACAAUUGAACCAAUAACAUGGUUAAAAAAUGGAGCAUCUAUGACUGGUAUUAAUUCACCGUCACUUACAUUACAAACAAUCAAAAGAAAUGACGAAGGAGAAUAUACAUGUAUGACAUCAAAUCUAAUUGGUCAUAGUCAAGCAUCGGUUCAUAUUCGUGUUCAAUAUGCACCAAUUGUUCGAUUAAAUGGUGGUGGUAUUCUAUCUGAAAAUACACGUUUAGUAUUAACAUGUAUUGUUGAUGCAUUUCCAACAGUUGAUUCUUAUCAAUGGUUUAAAGAUGAUAUGAAAUUAAAUAUUAGUUCAUUAACAUCAUCCUUAAUUAUUGAUAAAGUAUCGAAAUACGAUGCAGGAAUUUAUACAUGUCUAGCAAAAAAUACUUUGAAAUAUUCCAAUGGAAGUACAAUUGAAAAAUUUGAUAAAACACAAACACGUGUCACAAUUGAAUAUGCACCAAUUGUUAAUACAUUAACACCAAUUAUUGCAUCGGAUCCAUUUACAUUAAAUACAAAACUUCAUUGUCAAAUUGAUUCAUAUCCUGAUUCAACUAUUAUAUGGACAUAUAAUAAUCGACAAUUAUUUCAAUCAAAUAAAUAUUCUAUUCUACAAAAUAAAACAUCUUCAUAUUUAAUAAUUCAACAAUUACAAUCAAAUUUCGAUUAUGGUCUUUAUACAUGCAAUGCAUCGAAUAAACUAGGACAAAAUUCAACAACUAUACAAUUAAGAUCAAAAGAUGUACCUGAAACACCAACAAAUGUUAAUAUAACGAGUAUAACAUAUUCAUCGAUUAGUUUACAAUGGCAAGCAGGUUUCGAUGGAGGUUGGCCACAAUCUUAUUGGGUUUCACUUAAUAACUCAUUAUGGAAAGAAACAAAUGAAAGUUAUUAUGCAUUUAUAAAUCUUCAACAUUCACAAAUAUAUAAUAUUACAAUUCGAGCACAAAAUCGUUUAGGUCAAAGUCGAAAUACGACAUCAAUAAGUGUACAAACUAAAAAUGUGCCAAUAGAAAAAGAAGAAUUACCACAAAUUGAAUAUUCAACAAUACAUUUUUCUGAUGAUACACUUGAUUAUCGUUUAAAUAAUUUAAGUUUUCUGUCUUUAAAAGUUCCAUUAUGCAUUCGAAUUGAUAUUUUUAAUCGAUCAAAUAUUUGUGAACGUAUUGUAACAUCAAGUGGAAUUAUUAAAUUAGAUAAAAAUGAUUUAUUAAAUGUUCAUAAUGUAUCAAUAUGUCUUGAUCAAUAUGAAGAUUAUUGUGGACAAGUUAUUCCAGUUGAGACAAAACGAGAAAUUGCAUUUAAUUGGAUAUUUAUUUUAAUUGCUUCGAUUAUUGUUGUUUUUUUUCUUAUCCUAUGUGGUCUUUGUAUAUUUUGUCUGAUACAAAAUCAUAAACGACGGCGAAAUCAUAAUCAUAAUAUGCUUACGUCAUCAAUUAAAAAACCUCCAAUAGUCAUUGAAUCUAUUCAUAGUCCAACAAAAUUAUUUUCAUAUCCGGAACAACAAUUACAUUCGUCAUUUUCUAAAAUAGCUGAAAUUCAAAAACUCGAUCAAUUUAAAGAUAAACAAACAAAUCGAUUAAUUGUGACAACAACAUCAUCAACAGCGGCAGCAACAACAAAUGCUACAAACGGACAUUGUUCAAGUAGUACGAGUGGUUCAAGUGAUCCAAUAUUAUUAUCAAAUCCAAACUCAUCGUCGUUAUCAGGCAGUGAUCAGUUAACAGUUACAGAUUUUUAUCCAUCAACAAAUCCAACAGAUCUAUCCUAUAAAUCAUAUACAAAUCCAAAUGAUUUACCAUUAUCAACUGCACAAAAUGAUUUACUUUGGACACAAUCACAAUAUGGCAGUUAUGGUUUUCCAUUUUAUACAACAGCAUCACAAAAUAUACAUGAAAUUGUCUCAAAUAAACACGUAAAGGAAGAUAGUGCUGAAAGUGGUUAUUCAACACCAUCAAAAACUCAUUAUCAAAGCAAGAAAACUGUCUACGAAGUGGUCGUAUAA